UGCAGACCCUCCGUGUAGAGCCACCCUCGUAGGCUGCUGACCCGCGUUCACCCGUACUGUACAGGCAUGGGGGAGGACCGAGCAUAGAGAACUAGUAAACGCCGUGGGGUUCCCUGUGCACACCGUGGCCAUGACUUUGACAGUACCGGCUAGCGGACGUUGCUCUCCCGUCUCCAGGCACCUGAAAGCGGACCGGUAGAGGAGGCUAACACCGGAGGGAGAGGCAUUAGCUGACGCCGGCUCGAGUCGGUAAAGCAGCUUUUAUUUGAUUUUUUUAACGUGUUUGUUGAGCUUGUUUCUUCACGAGAUAACUGCCGCUCCUCGUUCAGCGGUUUUACGUGGACGCUACCGGGAGGCGCUUUUAUUUGAGCGGUGGAGUGCUGCUGAGUGAGACAGUUUGACACUUUCAGCGAAAACAGGCUGAAAGCUUCUGCUCGGGGACGCCGGUGCAAGGUGAGCGCUGUCCUCACGUCAACCCCGGCGCUGCGCCGGCCUGCUGUACUCCAGCUACAGGGAAACGCCGUCGUCGUGUGGCCGGUGCACUGCAGCUCUGUGACGUCCCCAGGUUCACCUACACCGGCUUCCUCUUACUGCCACCGCACUGUGUGAAAUGAGUUACUCUACAUCCUGCAGUCAGAGAGUUUCUGUGAAGGAAGACGCUUUGCCACAUGAUGUUUUCCAGUAAAUAUGUUGGUGAAGAAAGCCGGCCUCCCCCUCCAUUGCACCAGGCGAAGCCCCUAAAUGACCCUAUCCACUCUGAAUGAGAGGGCAAGAUUCGACUUGUUUCAGACUCUGGCAAACCACCAGCAUUCUUUACCAGUGUAGAAGAUUAGACUUGACAGCACAGUUUUACCUCCCAUCAUUGGUUCCAGUCAGAGAAAACCACAUCUGCUUUCUACCUCGAAGGGAAAUAGAAAAGGAAGAAACAUCCGUUUACUUUCCAUGAUUAGUUCCUCAUCUUCUUCUCAUUGCAGUGUUUUUCCAUUUUACCUCAGGGAUCCUCACCCACUGUCUACCUCCACCACUGAAACAGCCAGCCCAGUGACUGGAACACGAAGCAAUAAUACACCCGUGACCUGCCGCUGUUGUUACCGUGACAACCAGUAUUGCCUCUCAAGAUCUCAGUGCAACCGUGACGUGAGCAAAGACCUUUGACCUGUAACCACCUGCCAGCCCUUACCUGUUCACGGCAGACAACUGUAUACCUCAGCAAACACAACUUCUGGAUAUUCAGGAAACAGAAGUAAACUUUCAGUCACGACUCACUAUCCUGGUGCUUUAAUCUACCCAGCAGGCGACACAUGCUCACUAACCUGAUGCUUUAAGCCACGCAGUAGACUUCUCACUCUGGAAUCUUCCAAUUGCCUUAAAGGCACGAGUAUAGCAACAGUAGCCAGGUACUUGCACAAAACUUCAGUUCAUCUGAUCCUCAGCAAAAUCACAUCAUACACAAGCCUCAAGAUCUGAGCAGUAGCAGAAAUCAGCAAUCGCUCAGGGGACGGCUUUGGAAGUACCCCCACCGCCUUGAGUUUGGACGUCUCUGUGGGACAGCUGUGGAGUAGUGAAGCUACCCCAGGAAGAGGAGAAAGUAUUGGGAGCCUCAUGUUCUCUUACUACUCUGCAGGAAGAUGCAAAAAAUAAAGAACUGACUGUCAGAUGUAACAGAGCGUUAUAUGCCCGAACGAAGUAAACACAGAACAUAUCCGUAUGGUGACGGAGAAGAAUAAAAGAAGGAAACAAAACAAGCUUCUCCUACAGAUGAGAAUAUAAUGCUUUCUGCUCCGCCCACUGCGCUCCUCCCAGCCAACCGCUGCCUACAGUCUGGGAUGGUUAGCUACUGAGCGGGCUACCAGUGAACGCUGAGCAGGCUGGCGAGCUCAGUGUCUGCCUCGCUGUCCUGUGAUUGGCUGCUGGAUGGGACUGAGGCCGAAUGGAGCCAAUGUCCAACAAGCAGGAUAGCAACUCGUCUGAGGGAGAUGAGAAAGGAUGGCCAGAUGUGCCGAAAAGGAAGAGAAAGAACAGCCAGUGCUCAGUGAAGAGCAUGUCCGCUCUUAGCGUCUCUGUUCCAGGGUACAUCCCCAGCUACCUGGAGAAGGACGAGCCAUGUGUAGUGUGUGGGGACAAGGCGACUGGGUACCACUACCGCUGCAUCACCUGUGAGGGCUGCAAGGGUUUUUUCCGUCGGACCAUCCAGAAGAACCUCCAUCCGUCCUACUCCUGUAAAUAUGAAGGUUGCUGCAUCAUCGACAAGAUCACGCGCAACCAGUGCCAGCUGUGCCGCUUUAAGAAAUGCAUCUCUGUGGGCAUGGCCAUGGACUUGGUGUUGGAUGACUCAAAGCGCGUGGCCAAGCGCCGUCUGAUCGAGGAGAAUCGCGAGAAGAGGAAGAAAGAGGAAAUGAUGCGGAUGCUACAGACGAGGCCAGAGCCAGACACCGCAGAGUGGGAGCUGAUCAGGAUGGUGACCGAAGCCCACCGGCACACCAACGCCCAGGGCUCCAGCUGGAAACAGAAGCGCAAAUUCCUGCCUGAUGAUAUUGGCCAGGGUCCUAUGAUGCCCACUUCAGACGGAGAUAAGGUGGAUCUGGAAGUCUUCAGCGAGUUCACCAAGAUAAUGACCCCUGCCAUCACUCGCGUCGUCGACUUUGCCAAGAAACUGCCCAUGUUUUCAGAGCUGCCUUGUGAGGACCAGAUCAUCCUGCUGAAAGGCUGCUGCAUGGAGAUCAUGUCACUGCGUGCUGCUGUGCGCUACGAUCCCGACAGCGAGACUCUUACUCUAAACGGCGAGAUGGCUGUGAAACGCGAGCAGCUGAAGAACGGCGGGCUGGGCGUGGUGUCGGACGCCAUCUUUGAUCUGGGCAAGAGUCUAGCACAAUUUAAUCUGGAUGACUCGGAGGUGGCGCUGAUGCAGGCGGUGCUGCUCAUGAGCUCAGACCGUUCAGGGCUGACCAGCGUGGAGAAGAUUGAGCAGUGCCAAGAGGCUUACCUUCUGGCGUUCGAGCACUAUAUAAACUACCGCAAGCACAACAUUCCCCAUUUUUGGCCCAAGCUGCUGAUGAAGGUGACAGACCUGCGCAUGAUUGGGGCUUGCCACGCCAGCCGUUUCCUUCACAUGAAGGUCGAGUGUCCCAAUGAACUGUUUCCCCCGCUCUUCCUGGAGGUGUUCGAGGACCAGGAAGUGUAACUGUACAUCACCCUCAGAAAGAACACUUUUGUGGUGGCUUUGAGAGGAAGUUUGGCUGAAGGACAAGCGAGGACGAAAAACUGGAUUUUUUUUUUUCUCUUCAUGGAGAACACACUCUGUAAAUUUCUCUUGUUGCCCCUUUGUGUGUUUUUUUGUUUUGUUUUGUUUUUUUGAUUUGUCAAGCAACUACAACAUCCACCACCAGCAAGCACACAUCAAUAUUAUCAGAGGAAUGCAAUCAGUCUCACUAGGCACACACACAAAGUACAAGCAGUGUAAAUACUUACAUAGCUAUUCACACAUUCAUACACCAUAAAAAGUGUAUUUAUAUGCAAACAAUUGCACCCCCAUGGAUACACAGCUGUACUGCUCCUGACUAAUGCAAACUGAGGGGCUUGGUUCUGUUUCUACUAGCUGCACAGCCACCUAUCACCUCAGAUAAGUGCUUUUUUUGUUUUGUUUUGUUUUAAUCUCUGGGACCUGAUCAUUAGCUUCUCUUUCAAUCCCUACACCUCCCUCGCAUCUCCUUAACUGCAAAGUCAUCCUCUGUCCGCAGCCUAGCCCUCAACCUGCCAAGGCCCCGUGAGUCUUUGUUGACCUACCUCCCUCACGUACUGACCUCUCUCUCUCGUGUAUACACAGGCACAUGGUGUACAUGCACAAAAGACACCCCUACAAUAUUACCUCAAACAAUAUUACCUUUCUGAUUAGAAAACACAGACUCGUGUAAUAUUUAGUCAAACCAUAUGCAAGCUACAGUGAGAAAACUUUGUAUGAAGCCCUUAUUUAUAUACAGAUAUGUCUUAUAACUGCAGACACGAGAUGGUAUCGCUCUGUUUCCUGAGCAGAGACUAAACCCAGUCUAAAAAAAAACACUAAAAACUUUGUUUUCAGUUGAAAUCUUCAUUGAAUUUUCCUUCAAGUGUGGAACUGGGCUUAAUCCAUGCCUGGGACACUGAACCCAUAGGUAUUAAUUACUGUAGUGCAUCAGAGGUUACAAGAUGUCAUGAACAUCACGGUGCUUUCUGUGAUCACUAAGUGUUUUACUUUAGUGGAUUUGAUAUCCAUCUUUGUGCAGUAAAUUCUCCUUGUUUACUGACAUGGUUUGAUAUUCUUGGAAACAGGUUUACUUUCUUUCUUGCUGUGACUUAAAUAUAAAGUUUGAUACCAUUCUUAUGCUGUAUUUGAAGCUAACGCUAGCGACUGCUUAGCUUAGCAUAGCUAUGUUAAGCUAUGCUAAGCUAUGCUAGCAUAGCAUCGUCACUGCCAGGCGAUGAAGGCUGUCCCAAUUCGAGGGCUGCUCCAAAUGCGGCCCACAAAUGCGUCCUCCUUUUCCCCAGAUUUGAAGGAUUUGUCGGGUGUAUCCUUUGUUGCCCAGCCUAUCCCAGGAUUCAUAGCACGGCGGUGGCUGUGGAUGAUUUUUUUUUUAAUGUUUAGCUUAGUUGUUGUUGUUUGUUGG